ACUAAGUAUCCCAUCUCAGCUCCGUAUGCCUUGACAGUAAAGCUUCUAUCAACAUUCGUCAGAAAAAAGGAGCAUGGUUUUCUACUUCACCAGCAAUGUGGUGUCACCACCAACAUACACUAUCUACAUGGGAUUAGAUAAGUAUGAGAACGAGGAUCUUAUUAAAUAUGGUUUUCCAGAAGAUAUCUGGUUUCACGUCGACAAGUUAUCAUCAGCUCACGUGUAUCUGAGGCUAAAGAAGGGAGAGACGAUCCAUGACAUCCCUGGUCCUGUCAUACAAGACUGUGCGCAGCUAGUUAAGGCCAAUAGUAUACAAGGGUGCAAAAUGAACAACAUUGCUGUAGUAUACACACCAUGGGCCAAUCUAAAGAAAACUGGAGAUAUGGAUGUCGGUCAGAUCGGCUUCUGGAAACACAAAGAGGUGCACACAGUAACAGUAGAGAAGAAAGCCAACGAGAUCGUGAACAGACUCAACAAGACAAAGGAGGAGAGAAAGCCGGAUCUGAGGCUUGAGAGGGAAUCUAGGGAUAGAGAGGAGCGAAACGAAAACAAAAAGAAAAUGGCGGAGAGGAGAAAACAAGAAGACGAAGAAAUACAGAGGCAAAAGGCAGAUAAGGAAUUAAGGAACUACACCUCACUCAUGAAGGAGGAGAAUAUGACAUCCAACGCUGAAAACACUGUAGAAGACUUGGAGGAUGACUUCAUGUGAUAUUCAGCACCAUUUGGAAGAUUAGAGAACCUUUUUUAAUGAAAAUGGAUAUCUUUUCUUCUCCAAGAACUGACAUUACGCUCUAUGGGACGUACGUGAACUGAUGCACUGGUUGUGUGAAAUCAAGAGAAUUCCUUUAGAGGCUUUGGUAAAUUUGAUUCCAACUUCCUAUAUAACGAUAAGAAUGAUGAUGGCGGCUUCUUAUACAGCGCUCAUGCCCAUCACGCCGUCACUCCUGGAACUGCAGCAUUAUUAUUCCAGUCAUAUUAGAACGGCUGUAUGUCUCUUCAAGGCUAUCUGCAUGUGAUUCAACGGCGUUGUCAAAACGAUAAUUAAGAGGAAGGAUCCAGGAUUUACUUGGAGGACCCGAGUGCAGAAAGUCAUCAUGAUUAUACAGAGAUAUAUAACUUGCAUGAAAACUUUUAUUUUCAUUUAUAGCUCUCUUCUAGAUGCAAGCAUAUUUGUUUCUAGAUCUAGAAAAUUAAUUCUAUAUACCGGUACAUGUACUGUAACCCUCUCUGGGCCACCUGCUUUUUUGGAAUAUAUGGUCUAGUGGUUUAUUCACUUGACUCUCAAUCCAAGGGUUGC